AUGAAACACAUAGGCAAAGACAACAACCUCCUCUCCCAAGAAGAACUCCUCUGCUACCGACCCAUAAGCCAAGCAUGCCAUGCCUACUGCAAGGCCGCGGGUCUUGAUCAGGACUUGGUGGUGGCCGUGACGACGAUAAUUAUUUUUUUUCGUGGUGGUUAUUUUGGUGGGGGUUUAUUUAAGGGGGACAUGCACCUGAAUCUUGAGAGGCAGGGUGUACAUGGUGGAGGUGGGGAUGUACAGGGAGAGGGGGAGGGAGAGGAAAAGGGAGGUGACGGUGAAGGGGGGAAAGGGGGAUAUAUGGACGUGUUGUAUAGUGAGAGCGAUGGGGACAGGGACGGGUACGGGGACAGCGGUAAUGAGAAGGAUACAUGUACCUCUAACGAGAAGUAG